ACGGACACUGUUGGGUUAGAGGGCCCCCGAAAAAGAGGGCCCGUGGUCGGCUUUGGGCCUGAAGAGUGCGAUGACGUCAUAAUAUUUCGCCUAUCGCUGGUGACUUGUAAACCUCGCUUUUAUCGAAACCUUGAGCACGCAUUUUCGUCAGUCGUAAACUUCGCGCCGGAGGCGCGUGACCCGGGUCGGGGUCAAUAUCCUUUCAUUAUUUCUUCAGCCUUCUUUCAGGAAGGUUGGAUCACAUCAGUAUCAAUCACCAUCAGGCUGGUCAUGCAGCUGGACACCAUGUUCUGGGAAUGGCACAGCCAGCAAGGUCAGUAAUGCCAAACAUGCUGAAGAAGGAGUCAGGCAGUGGGGUGCAGCGCCCCACCACUGCGAAUGGUGGCACCAUGAGUAAAAUCCGCCAGUCAGGUGCCAAGUUCCUACACAAGACUGCACAGCGGCUGUCUCUACGAGAAGAGCCACCUGAAGUGCCGGACUCUGCCUCUGGUGCCGGUCCAUCAGAAUCCACCAGCUCCGGCAGCGUCAGUCAGCAUGCUGGGCCUAGUUCCCGCCAAGACCGCACCUCUCAAUCAUCAGGUGGCGUGCAUUCCAAACCAAACCAAUCCACCGCCUCUGCAGCUACAUCUGCCUCAUCCAAGCCGGAGCGUGCUUCGGGGGCUGGCUCGGCGGUGACGCGCCCAGAACGGCCGCCGUCCGCCGGCUCGACGUCCAAGGCACCUUUCGGCAAAAAGGCCGCCACGCCGCAGCCGGAGCCGCGGCCGACCCCGACUCCGCUGAAGCGCCGCUCCGCCAGCACGGACGCCGCGUGCGGCACGGGCUCCGGCGCGGGACGACCGCGACCCUCCGCCGUGCGGCACCGCGACCGGCCGCGCGACGGCGGCAAGGUGUGCUUCGCGCCGCGCGUGCAGAUGCUGGGUCCAUCCGACAGCGAGGAGCGUCAGGAGCGCGACGAUAGUCCGUUAGCGGAAGAACAAGAACAGGAGCGUCAGGCGGAGAGCAUGCGGCGACUCGAACGCGAGAACGAGUCUCUGAGACAUGCCAUCGAGAACUACCGCGAUUUAGAGCGUCGGCGCGCGGCCGGCGGGUCCGGGGGACCGGGAGGCGCCGGGCAGGACGCUAAGGGUCAGGAGGAGACGGCUGAGGACGGGGAGGAGGACGAGGUAGAGAAGGCCGUGGAGGUCUCUCCCAGCGGGGUGUUCCUCAAGUUCAGCGAGGAGAUCGGUCGCGGCAGCUUCAAGGCAGUGUACAAGGGACUGGACACGACCACAGGAGUGUUUGUCGCCUGGUGUGAACUCCAGCUGAGCGGUAACCGGCUGAGUAAGAAGGAACGGGACCGGUUCCGAGAGGAGGCCGGCCUGAUGAAGGGCCUCACGCACCCCAACAUCGUCCGGUUCUACGACUUCUGGGAGGUGGACAAGCCGAAACGCAGCUGUAUCGUACUCGUUACCGAGCUGAUGACCUCCGGAACCCUCAGAACAUAUCUGAAGAACUUCGGCCAGAAGAGGGUGUCCCUGAAGAUCAUCAAGCAGUGGUGCCGUCAAAUCCUGCGCGGACUGCAGUUUCUGCACUCGCGCAACCCUCCCAUCAUUCACCGUGACCUCAAGUGUGACAACAUCUUCAUCUCGGGCACCACGGGUCAGGUCAAGGUCGGCGACCUCGGGCUGGCCACGCUCAAGAACAGAUCCUUUGCCAAGUCUGUUAUCGGCACGCCCGAGUUCAUGGCGCCCGAGGUGUACGAGGAGCACUAUGACGAGGCCGUGGACGUGUACGCCUUCGGCAUGUGCAUGCUGGAGAUGGUGACGUCCGAGUACCCGUACUCCGAGUGCACCGGCCCGGCACAGAUCUACAAGAAGGUCAUCACGGGCAUCAAACCAUCCAGCUUCGACAAGAUCGACGACCCGCAGACGCGUGACCUGAUCGAAUGGUGCACGCGACUAAACAGCAAGGAGCGGCCCACCGUCAAGCAGCUGCUGAACCACGAGUUUUUCGCCGAGGACUGCGGGAUGCGACUGGAGGUGGCGAACCGAGAGGAGGCUAUGAACUCUGGCAGCUCGGUCAUCCACCUGCAGCUGCGGGUGCUGGACGCCAAGAAACGCAAGGAUACACACAAGGAGAACGAGGCGAUCCAGUUCAAUUACGUGCUGAACAAGGAUAACCCCGAGGAGACGGCCAAACAGAUGUUGAUGUCGGGUCUCCUGGCCGAGGAGAACUGCCGUCCGCUAGCGAAGAUGAUCACCAACGUGAUCCAGAGUUUGGUGCGAGCCCGAGAGGAGAGGCGGCGCGACCAGGUGCCCCAGACCCAGUCGGCGCCGGCUGCCGGGCCGCCGGGCGCAGCGCCCGGUCCCGGCGCGUCCUUAGUCCCGACAGCCGCCGCCCCCGCACCAGUCCCGCUGCACCUGUCGGCCUCUCUGCCGGUCAUCAGCAGCUCUCAGUCCGCCCAGCCGGCGGCCGCGCACGUUCACACGGCGACCGCGGUCCUCUCUGCCGCCCCGGGAGCGCCGCUCGCCUCUGUGGCCGCCGCGGCGCCGGUAACGGUGACGGUGGCGGCGACUCAGACCCAGCCCUCUCACCAGCCGGUUGGGACGGAGACGGCGCCGGCGGAGACGAGACAGGCCGAGCUGCCACCGCCGGCGGCGCCGACCGAACCGGCGGCGGGCGCCCAGCCGCAGCACGGCCAGACCGAGGCUCACUCGGACUCUGCCACCGGAGCAGAGAGCGACUCGGCCCUCGGUGAGCGGAAGGAGAAGAAGAAUCGUGCGCGACGGCGAAAAACGUGCGAGCGGCUGCCGCGGCUGACCGUACUGGAGGUGAAGAACAGCGACAACGGUCCCGUGGUCUCCUGUCUGCUGGAGACCAACCAGUCGCAGGCCAUCACGUUCAAAUUCGACCUCCACGAGGCGGACGUCACAGCCAUCUCCCACAAAAUGACGGAGGCUCAGCUGCUGCCAAAGGAUGACGCCCAGUACUUUGAGGAGCAGCUGCGCGCGGUCGUUCGCCGGCAGCGGGAGCUGCGAUCGACCGGCGCGAACCAGCCGCCUCCGCCACCCCACGCCGAUGAGGACACGCACCCGGCGCAGUCGGCGGAGGACCCGGCCGGCGACGUAUCGACUCCGGUGAGCGGCAGCGGCAGCAGCGCGGGAGGCUCGCCGCGGCCGCGGCCCACCGAGCUGGCGCCGCCGCCGCCGCCCUCAGGCCAGGCGACGGGGCGCCGCUCCCGGUUCAUCGUCAGCUCGGUGGUGGAAAGCAAGGCGUCCCCGAUGCCGUCCCCGUGUCUGCUGUCGCCGGCCAGUGAACAGCCGCUGAAUAUCCUGACGUCUGCCGGCUCGGCCACUACCUCUGUCUCCCCGAGUCCUCAGGUGGCGCUGAUCAGCCCCGAGCCGCUCUCUCCCCCGCCAGUAUCCAGCGCUCUGCACUCUCCCCAGGAACCCGCACCGACUGCGCUCAGCCCGUCAGCGACACCCGCUCUGAGCACGUCACCUGUCCCAGCGGCGGGUGUAGGGGAGACCGCCGGUCUCACCUCAGCAGCGGGACUACCGGUGGGGCAAGGCUCAACCUCGGUACCGGUGGGAUCCUCAGUAGCGCCGGAGACAGCUGGAAGCGAUGGAACUGCGACAGCGCCGAUCGCUGUUCCCGCGGCAUCCUCUCAGAAGUCUGAUGGCCAGGCGCGUCCUCCGUCUCUCUCGAUCAGCCCCGGCUCGCGGGCCUCGCAGGCGAAGAGCGGGGCAACUGUGACGACACCGACCGCUCAGAGGCAUGUACGGUUCGCCGUAACGCCGACGAUUCUGAAUCCGAUCUGCCCGUCUUCAAGUGACUCUUCGUUGGCAUCGAUUACGGCCGUGACUUCGGCCUCAGAUAGUCAGUCUGCAGUGGCGAGUGGAUCGGGCGUUCCGACAUCUCUCGCAAGACCGUCGUCACACGUCUCAACGUCGACUUCUUCAACCCCGCCUCUCAUAUCGUCAACUGCUGCUGUCGGACCGGCAUCAGGACCUGCAGCAGCUCCGUCAGCGACUACCCCAGUGUCUGCCUCCCUCACGGCUCCUACCGGACUUACUCCCCCACUGGCUGCCGGUGGGACGAGUCCGGGAACUCUCAGUCCUUCUGUACCGAGUCCCGGCACCCUAAGUCCGACUGGUGUUGUGGACUCCUCACAUCCAACGCCUACGCUCAGUCCCGGCGAAGUUCCCUCGCAUCCCGCCGGUGCUACAAUCUCAGAAGCUCACAGAGCGAGUACUGUGGCCCAGGAGGGCAGACCCCCGGCGCCUUCGCGACCUGUGACUGGCGGCCAGCCCCUGCCGGCAGCAGAGGAGCCUGAGGAGAGACGGACCGCCGCGGGGCCGCAGGAGCAGCCUACGACACCGAUAGAUGCAAGCAUGGGCAACCUGGCUCAGCUGGCUAAGCAGCUGAACCGCCUCACCUCUCAGCCGGGCGAGGCGGCGGCCGCGGCGAGCAGCGGGACGCAGACACCGUCAGAGGGGGCGCCCACCGCGCGCCGGCUGACCGCCACCGGCGCCGGACCCACUCCAACUCAGCGCUCGGGCGCGGACGGCGGCGGCGGGACACCGUCCCCUUCCCAGCAGACCGUGCCUCUCCAGCCGGCCGGUACCGGGGUCUCUGCCACCGGCUCACCGGCCGACCUCUCCCGAUCAGCCAGCGGUACGGACGCCGCCUCCGCCACCGGGAGCGAGGCACGGCGGAAACAGGUGCCGCUGCACCUCACCGACCUGGCCAAGAAGCUGGAUAAGCUGCGGGUGAAACCGCCGGGCGGUGCGGCAGUGGCCAGCGCCGCCGCCGGCACCGCCUCCACUGCCGUACAGACAACUACGCCCCUGGAUGAUGCCUCCAAGCCGUUGGCUGUCGGCGCCCAGCCUGUGGCGACCCCCAGCGGUCCGCCACCGGAGACAGUCCGGGCACAGCCCAGUGUCAACCAGAUGGACGUCCAGGCGGCGACACCGGCGGUGAAUGGAACCGCCAGUGACGUAUCGCCAGAGGGCGGCUCUCGUCCGGUGCGGCGGGGCAGAUUCGCCAUCAGUAAGGCGACCACUGCAGCUCAGCCGCCCGCCCCCGCCCCCGCUCCCGCCCCCGCUCCGGCGCCCAGCGCGGCCCAGACUCCCUCGCCGGUGACCAGUGUCGAGGAGAUGGCGAUGUACCGGGAGCUGAUCGCCAGGCAACAAGCGGCAAUGAUAGAACUGCUCCGUCAGCAAGAAGUAGAGCGGGAAAACCUGCGGCAGCGGUUACGUCAGCAGCACCAACAACAACAUGAGCAGCAGCUCCAACAGCAGCAGCAGCAGCAACAGAGGCAUCCUCCGUGUACAGAAAACGGUCCUGUGUGACGCGCGUGGCCCGUCUCUUCUCAGGGAAGCUCUGACGGGGAACUGCGGGCGUCUCUCAAUAGGACGGUCUUUGCCGGUAUGUGUUAGUGUCCUGUUCGGCGACAGUCGUGUGUCGCCGUCACUGUCACCGCCGUAAUAGUCGCCACUGUAUCGCCAUGCUCGUCGCCACUGCGGCCCGUCCCGCUCGGAACAGUUCGAAUCCGGUCGGAGUAUGAAGGCGGGAUUCGUCUCAGACCACACUAGCCAUGACCUUAACCGGGCUUUCAUUUGAGGCACGGCGCGAGAAGCCUGUCCCGCUCGCAGCCCUAUGCAAGGAAGACACCUAGCACGGGGACACUGGAGGUCGGCUGGUCCGUCAGAUCCUCUGGGAAGAACGGGGCAUUAGUGUUACUGAAGAACUUGAGGCUUGAUGAAAAAUCGAAGACUUCUAACUAUGGUUAAUUUCAUUAAAGCAGUCAUUUCCAGGGUUGAAUAGACCGAGUUGUAAGCAAAUUCGGGGCAUUUAGAGAUAAUAAUUUGCAUAAAAAUUCCAGAUAAGUCUCAGCAUAGUUUAACUUACACUGCCAUUGACUGGCAGUGACCAACAAAAAGUAUUGUUCCACAGAUGUGAAUUUUCACAGGACAUUUCCGGCCUCCUGGUGUCCAAUUUCGGGCAGCCCGCACGCCGCACUGUGGCACGUUUUAUCAGGGACUGGACAAGGCGACUGCUGGUCAGUCACUGUAGAUAGAGGCUAGGGAGAGGGGCAUUACUGAGGCGGCGAUGGCUAUCCCCAGCGCACGACGGGUUUAUUGAGUAGAUCAACUACGGCCGCGAAAUUAGCGAGUUCAUUGACUAAUUGAGUUGCAGUGGUCUAUGGCAGUGGUGCCCAAACUAGAAUGCUGAUUGGUUAGCUUAUGUUUGGAUGUUUCAACGAGUGAUAGAUAAACCGCUUUAGUUUCGUUUGUGAGGCUACAAUUGUGAUUAUUAAUGCCGCAAUAGCAAGUAGACCGCUGAAAGUUUGCUGUUGUAACGUAAACUGAAGCAAGCGUCGUAUAAACACGAUAUUGUGAUGCCUAUCGGUCAGUUUUCUUUCAAUUGUCUUGCCGCCUGGUUCUAGUGUUAAAGGCCACUAGCUUCUGCCGUGCAGAAUUUCGUGCCCUGUAGUCGGCUUGGUCAGUGUCAUAUCAUAUCCUCCUUAGCCCUGCGUGGCAAAGGGAUAGUCUCAAAGUGCCAUGCGCUUUGCGCAACGCUAGAUGCAGCUUUUCAAAGUAGAGACAUCCACGUACACGGUAUAAUUGCCAUCGGACUUAAGUUGCGAUGUCUAUUCAGCAAAUGACAGCGAGCUUUUGUUUCGUCAAGCCAGAGGUGGUAGGCAGUAGCUAGCGUAGUCGUACACGUGGGGACGUGCAAUGCCCGCGGGCCCGGGCACCACACCGGCUCAGGACACGCCGUCGAGUCGCCCCGCCAGCGACAGGCAGCGCUUUUCAUUGUGGACUUUCAGCAGAUCGGAUAGAGUUUAUUUAGUUUGUAAGCGUUCCGCCGACCCUGUGAGGCGCAUUGUGGUGCGCCGUUUGACCGAGAGAUGGUGCUGGUGGCGCCCUGACCCGACCCGGCGCCGACCAGACUGCCUUGGAAGCUGCAGUUAUUGUCUGAAUACUCAGUCUUUUGACUGCACCAGCCGAGUAUCACUGUGAUGGCCGAUGCUAUUCGAGAAUAAAGUACAUAGUCGACUG